ACAAACCUACCUCCAUGCAAUAGAUAAACACUGUAAAUCCAACCUGAUCCGUUUAGAGGCCCAAAGAUUGGCACUCCCCACUACAACAAUAGCCACUUCAACUUAUAUACCUGUCCUAAAAAGUGCGCUCCUACAGGCCCAUGCCAGCGUCCGUCUGCCUCCGUUAAAUCCCCCAGUCCAGAAAUCUCCUCGCCUCCCCUCCAAUCCGAGAAACAAUGGCGGAAUCCCUCGUGGGCGGUUCCACCCCUCUCCCCGUCUGAAGCGUACUUGUGUCUCAGCUCGAUUCGGUGCCGUGUCUGCCCGAGAAUCUGAGGGCCGGCGGCAGAUUUGGUCGCCAAGUUCCGAGCUUUCCGUCGGGCUGGCGCUUCGGGACACAGGCGCGGCGGAUCGUUUUGGCUCCGGAUGAAGGCUUCUUCGCCGCAGGUUCGCUGAUCCGAAGCGGAAUUGGCGGCCCUCCAACCGUCGCCGCCGGAUAGGCAUCCACCUGGAAGGGAUUGGGGGCUGAAGCCGAACAAGUUCUGAAACUUUUCCGUGCCCUGGAGCAAUCUGUCGUUGAAUCGCUUGCCAAUUGGUUGCGGCUUGGAGAGCAGAUGGGGGCGGGGGCUUCGAACAUGGAAGGGUCGGAGGGGUGGGGUCAGACGUCGCUGGGCGACAUGCCGGAGAGCUGCGUGGCACCCGUGCUGCUCUACCUCGACCCGCCGGAGAUAUGCCUCGUCGCCCGCCUCAAUCGGGCGUUCCGCGGCGCCGCCUCCGCCGACUGCGUCUGGGCCACCAAGCUUCCCGCCAACUACCGGUACCUCGCCGCCCUCGCCGCGGCGGCCGACGACGAUAGCAGCAGCGACGGCUCAGUGGAGGGCAAUGGUAGGUGCUCCUCCUCCGUGGCGACCAAGAAGGAGAAGUACGCACGCCUGUGCAGGCCAACCCCCUUCGAUGGGGGCACCAAGGAAUUUUGGAUCCAAAAGAGCAAGGGUGGUCUUUGCAUGUCAAUCUCCUCAAAAGCUUUGGCGAUUACCGGUAUUGAUGAUCGGCGGUAUUGGAGCCACCUUACCACAGACGAGUCCAGAUUCCAUAGUGUUGCCUACCUUCAGCAAAUAUGGUGGCUGGAGGUAGCUGGGGAGAUUGAUUUCUGCUUCCCUGCUGGCUCAUAUAGCCUUCUCUUCCGGCUCCACUUGGGCCGGCCACACAAGCGCAUGGGCCGUCGGGUCUAUGACUCUGAGCUCAUCUACGGUUGGGACAUUAAACCGACACGGUUUCAGCUCUCAACUUCAGAUGGCCAGCACACAACAUCCGACUACCAUCUAGAUGGACCAGGACACUGGAUCCUUUACCAUGUCGGUGAUUUUGUCAUAUCGAGUUCGGAUGAGUUGAUCAAGCUCAAGUUCUCUAUGAUACAGAUUGAUUGCACGCACACAAAAGGUGGCCUAUGUGUCGACUCUGUUUUCAUUUAUCCUAAGGAUCAUCAGCCCGAGGAGUGCAUACGCAAGUAAUUUUGCAAACAUGCUGUAUCACUCCAUGUGGCAACUGAUAGGCGGUGCCUAGCCUUUUUCAUAGCCAUUCUCGUCCUAAGCCCGUUGUAAAUAUUCCUUCAUUUUUCUGAUGGUUUUGCAUGAACCUGGAGUCAUGUUAUGUAUUCUUUGUAGUGAUAGCUAAAUAAGUUGGGGUCAGGAGGAUUUAGAUGUAGGUGGUGAUGUAUGAUUAGAGUGGUAGGUGUUCAUCUGUAGAAAGAGCAGUUUCAUUUGUUCGUCAUUGUUGUAGUGAUGUUUUUGUAAAUACAUUUUCCUGGAUCCUGUCUCUACUUCGUUGAACCUAGUUAUUUC